UCCCCCAGACAGCAUCGACAUUGAAGCUACCUUAGACUACCUUAGCAAAGUCGCAAACUAAUGGGUUCUGGCAUCGCCACUUCAGCUACGGAUACCGACGAAGCUUUUUCUCAUGGUAUUGAAGGGCCUCCGCUCUCUGCCACCCGUGUUCAUACUGUGGGUGUUCAUCACGGCGUAUCUCCAGCUGUUGGAGCGGUGAGGAUGAACCUCAGUCUAGACUCUGCGCAUCACGUCGAUAUUCUUCAGCAUUCACUCCUUUGGCCUGUCUCUCUACUCCGUACCCUCCCACCGGGGGACCGGUUCCGUCCACACCUCUCUCUUCUUGCAGGCUCCCCUUACACCUGCCCACCCGAUUCAUUUAGCCGGGAUUCUUUCGUCCACAUUUCUCUUGGGGGGCCGCGGCAUCAUCCAAUGGACGUCCCCUGGACGCAGCCCAUCACACCCCAGUUUCUCCUUAAUCAAUAUACCGAGUGGCCAACUGAAGGGACGUUGACCUACUUGGGAAUUGGCGUUAUCGCUCGUCCUAUUUUUUGCUCUUUUUUCUUCUUCCUCUGAGGACCCGUUGCCAAUCACUCGAGUCUCCCUGGCUCUGCCUAAAUAUCCGGCAUUCUCUCCAUGACGCCGUCUGCCUCUUGACUCUGCUUUCCCUUGCUUUAUCCGACCUUCCACGCGCCUCCCAGUCACACCCAGCAAGCCGUUCGUUCUUCGCAGUGCCUGACAAGCGUCUUAACA